AGCUGAGCUCAUAGCGCGACGGAAAAUAAAUUUUUCUAAAGUUUUAAUAAAAAACUCAAAAUGAUCAACGUGAGAACCCUUUGGAGUGUUUGGAGUAGAACCUACCUGGCGAGGUAUCGCUCGCUGCCAUUGAUGAUAGAAAAGAAACACAUGCAUUUUCGUAAUUUUUUCCAAUUAUUAGGUAAACAUUCAAGUGAUGACAUGGAAUGGAAUCAUUUUGCCGUGGGGCUUAGUUACAAUUCCUUGGAAUGCACGCGUAAGCGAAGCUUUAUGAUGUCAUCUCUCAAUUCGGCCAAGUCGAAAGAUCGAGGAAAGGACAAGAAGAAACAGACCAAGGUGCAAGUAAACCUGAACGAACUGUCAGAAGUGAUCGAUACGGAGAAACUGCUCACACGAUUCCAAAACACUAUUAAUAAUCUAAAGGAAAGUUACUCUAAGAACUUGACAUUACGCUCUUCCGUUGGUUCGAUUGAACAAAUACCAAUUCUAUGGGAGGGUAAGGAAUACGAGCUACAAGAAUUAUGUCAAGUUGCGAGAAAACCAAAGAUGUUGAUAAUUGAUGUAUCUACGUUCCCCCAAGUCAUUUCCAAUGUCAUACAAGCUUUAGCUAAAAGUGGAAUGAAUCUUAAUCCCCAGCAGGACGGAACUACUCUCUUUGUACCAAUUCCAAAGGUCACCAAGGAGCACAGAGAGAACUUGGCUAAAAACGCGAAGGCGAUGUUCAUUGGUUGCCGUACAAGUAUCAGGGAUAUCCAGCUGGAUUGCAUCAAGUCGGUGAAAAAUAAACAACAUAUUUCUGAGGAUUUUCAACGAAGUAUACAGAAUCAAGUACAAGCUCUCGCGGAUAAGUUUAUCGACGAAGCAGAGGCGAUACUUAAAAUGAAACAAAAUGAAUUGUCAGGAGAUUUGGACUAGCAGCUACCAUUUUGUAUAUUGUUUAAUUAUUUUCUAACAUUAGUCACUAUUCAUAAUAAUCCAUCAUGAAAAAUUGUACAAUCUGAUUGAUUUGUUAUCGUUUCUAUAAAUACUCUGAUUGUGAGUAA